CCCGCCGUUUUCGUAGGGUAAAAAUGAAAUUAGUGCAAUAGAAUAGGGGCGGUGGCGGAAAUAAGAAAUAUCUCCAUCUUCUACUUUUUCUUACAAAAAGCACUUGGUUUUAAUGUUGAUUCUCAAGCUCAACACUAGGGAUGAUAAAAAUGCAAGGCCUGCCUCUCUGUGAAAAGAGCAAAGGGCGCCCAUUUCUUCCUGAUGAUGGUGACGCAUUUUGCAGUGAGAAGCUUUGCCUCUUCCUAUAGUUUGGAUAGAUGGGUCGGAGAGGUUAUUGUUACAAAUCUCUAUCAAGUCCAUCCUCGUCCACUAUGAGCAUUGUUUUUUAGUACUCAGCCAGAGUAUAAUGACUCUUCAACCAUAUCAAGACGCUGCAAGUUGCCAGAUACGAGGGCCAAAGUUAUACUCUUCUUCAAGUAAAGACUGCUAUGGUGCGAAGAUAUUCUACACAUGAAGUAGAUCCGCGUUCGUAUAUCGUACCGUCUGAGACUCUCUUUUUGUAGCUGAAGAAUCAAAAUGCAAUCGCUCGCGGAACUCACUAGCUAGCCCUGCUGUGAAAAGAAGACCAUACUCCGACAACGUCAGGACUAAACGCAUCGUCCUCCACGCAAGGAGGUUUCAUUAACAGUCGCAAACAGCUGGCCGAUUGGUGAGCAAAAAAUCAUGACAACUCUAUCUCCACCUCCUACGCGACCCCCUUCGGGAGGCACUAUCGCUGCCGCUGCUCCUUCAGGAGGCACAACAGCUACAACAUCUUCGCUGACAAAAUCUGAAGAGCACAAAAAUAAUGUCGACCGCCGUGAUGUUGACGCUCGGCCGUUCUCCUCUCCUGCUACGUCGCCUGCUACGUCGUCCUCCAAAGCCGUCUCCCCAUCGACUACCCAAGCUGCUGCAGAAGGCGGGAGCGAUGCUGCGCUACUAAGUCACGGUGGCGGAAUAUCUAGGGCACUAUCUCAGUCGGGAUCCUCAGCCGCAGACAAUUCUCAGCGAACUGGUGCAGAAACUCAGGAGAGUGCGACACUUCGACAGGAAAGUGCGAGACUGAAGGACCAAGUAGCACACCUAAAAGCAGAGUUACAAGCAGAAAAGCAGCGAGGUUUAUUUAUUUGAUUCAUGCAUGGCAGACUCCUCGGGUCUUAAUAAUGGUGUAGCGUCAUCAUGUACUAAGGUCUGCCAUCGUAGUGCCGUAGAUUUCAACCAGCCUCGUUUUCAUCAGCUAUCAGAUUUCAAUUAUCGUCAUAAUUGCUGGCGCUUGAUUAUGCAUACUUCUCCAGGUAGGAGUAUGGUUAUGGGUUCAUCCUCUUGAUUUCAAUACAUCUACAGCAUUGGUGAGCGAUUUCAUAGACGAUGCAGGUGGGGACGCACCUUUAGACGCACUAAGAAUACAGCUACAGCGACGAGCUGCGGAUCUAGUGCAUAGAGAAUGCGCAGUAGAGACUCGGGAACAACGGCUAAGAGCGGGAUAUCAUUAUGGACUCACUUUUGAUUGUUGCUCUUCUUGAUCCUAGCGUAUUAGUAAUUGAUGUGGCUUAGUAACAGAAUGCUACGAGGCGUAGUGUACUCAAGUAUCUAUGCAGAUUAAAGGUAAACUUUACUUGUUUUGGCCUUGUAUUCCAUUGCAUUUCCAGAGGCUGAAGGGGUUAAGGCACAGUAUAAAACCAGUAUUCUUAGUCGUGUUCAGUCUGUAUUGUAAGCAUCUGCAGACGCGACCUUCCUAGUUUGUUGAGAGUGAUGGCGAAGCUUCGGGAUUCGUUUCUUGCAGAAAAGAAACUGAGCUCCUCAGAAAAUGAAUUCGAAUUAAAUGGGAUAAAGUCAGAAAUUCUUAGGAUUAGAGGACUCCAAUUCAAGCGGUGACAUCUUUUAGAUGGCUAAAAGACGCCACUACUCUGAUGAGAAUCAUGGCGAAGCUUCGAGAUUCAUUUCUUGGAGCACGUGGCCAGGAAAUGAAUUCGAAUUAAAUGGGAUAAAGUCAGAAACUCUUAGGAUUAGAGGACUCCAAUUCAAAUGGUGACAUCUUUUCGAUGGCUAAAAGAUGUAGAGCAGUGCUUUCUUAGCAUAUUUUGGCACUAAACUGCAUAAGUCUAGCUCUAUUCUUGUUAGAGCGUCAGCGUGUGGCUGUAGGACAUUACGACUCUGAUGAGAAUCAUGAUGAAGCUUCAAGAUUCAUUUCUUGCAGAAAUUGAGCUCCUCAGGAAAUGAAUUCGAAUUAAAUGGAAUAAAGUCAGAAAUUCUUGGAUUUGGUGACUUCAAACCCACACUGCACUAGUGCUUUUUCAGUGGGUGGCUUCAAAUUCACACUGCGCUCGUGCUUUCUCAGUGGGUGGCUUCAAAUUCGCACUGCAGUAGUGCUUUUUCAGUGGGUGAAGGACGAGAUCACGACGAUGCUCCAGCAAGCCCUCUAAGCAUUGGGCUGCCCGCCAUCUACAGCAGCCCCCUGAAUGGAUAAGUAAGCUAGGACUCCCAGUUGUACUACUACUUUUAGACGACUACUAAUCUAGUACCUUUUUAAAGAUUCAAGAUUGUCCGAAGGCGUCUAAUUUCGCACUGCCACAUCGAGGUCGCCUGAGGUAGAAGCGGCGUCGAACUCUCCAGAAUUGAUACCAUUAAGGAUACUGUCCGUCGUAGUAGUACUAGGAUUUCAGUAUACCUCACUAUCUUUUCCAUCUUCUUGGAGUAUUUGUUUCCUGAGUAGAUUCAUUCUCCUCUGACCUCAUGGGGCAUCCAGCUGUAGAGGCAUUUACUCAGCUCAGAAUAGUGAGAAAGUAGAGGAGGCGACGCAGACGUCCUUCGUAUUUUAGAAUAGUGCGGCAUCAUCUCUACCAACAGCUGAUCCGGCGCUCAAAGCGCAGGGCUGAAGCAGGAGCCCGCCUAAUUCUAAUUCUAACAGCGUACUAUCUCUAGUGUCAUCUCUACAUUGUGGACUACAGUAGUAAAACCUACGCACAAGUUACUAGUUGCAUAAAGUAGGCCAAAAUCUAGACACUCUAAUCCCAGACCCAGGAGACGACUCCCGAGUAGACGAGAAUGAUAAGAUUCGACGGAAAUUGCUAGCAGCUGAGAAGAAACUCCAAGAGUUAGAGAAUGGAGCGAAAGCGGAGAUCGAGGCAUUGCAGUUCUGGGAAGUGGUACACGAGAAGGGCGUCGCAUACAGACACGAACGCGGAAACUUGGACGCUAGAGUGCUCACGAGACUGGUAUAUGAGGAUGGUUUGAAGUUUGGUAGAGUGCUCAUGAGGCUGGUAUCUCUACGAGGAUGCGUAGGUGGUGGGUCUGUUUAUUUCAUUAGAGUCUCAAUGUUUGAAUUCAAAACUGGACAAACGGGCCACCCAUCUGAGUACGACGACUAAUCGUUUUCCUAAAUAGAAUUGCUACGAGAUUAGAUACCAUAAAGACGAGUAGAAGAGAGAAAUUGCCCGAAGAAUCCUGCGCAAAGCACAUGAGAAACAGGGCCCUCGCUAUCAAGAGGUAGUGGCUUGCUGUGAGUACCGGAAUGGUUGGGUCCGGACACCGGAUGGAUAUUGGCUUCCAGUGGAGGUUAACGGCAGGCGAGUCUUAGACGCCUUUACUGAGCCACAUCAUUAAGAUUCCAGCUACUCCAUCUCUUUUAUUAUCGGGACGGUAGCGAUAUUCUUGAUGAGGGGCCAAAUCCGAAUCGACUACCGUCACCGUCGUCGAUAGAGGGAUCCACCACACAUAGCUGGGCUAUCAUUGGGGUAGCCAGCUCUAACACCAGCGAUCUGGCAGUGAGCAGGGACUCUUCCGCGAGUUAUGGAGCAGCCUGAAGCAAAAUUGGAGAGACGCCGCGGAUCACUUCCCAGAAGCUCGAGAUGUAGAGGAGGAUGAAAUGGAGGGAAGAGCUUAAAGACGCAGUAGAGGAGAAGGACACUCGGGAGAGAAGGACGCUCGGGAAAGAGCUUGAUUACAAAUAAUACGUGAACACGAUAUGACUGGGAGGCCCUUUGGAAACGUAGUUGACACUUUCCAUUUGACUCUUAAAAAAUCACAAGACAGCACAACGACUACGACACUUCACUUAUUACAUCCAACCAUUGAACUCAUCUACAUCAAAGUACACGGACGCGCGCCAUGGAUUUGCUCAGAACCUUCGGUUGCAUUGUAUUCUUGAAUUGAAGACGCCAAAGAUGCAAAUCCAUCACUAUCAUGCAAUUAUUCCGCAAACUGCAUUGACACUCAAUUACAACGACAGUAUUUGACAUUCUUGUUCUUGCAUACUACUUAGAG